GCGGGCUCGGCGCCUCACUGUAGCGCCCCCAAAUCCAGGCCUGCGCGGGGAGCGCGGGUCCGGCCGAGCCAGGACACCUGGGCUCCCCCAGCACCCGCGACAGGUGCGAGGACCAGGGGCCCCGGCUGCUGCGGUCGGGCUGGGCCCCCGGCGCCGGCUCCGCGCAUUCCUGGGCCGUUGUCUUAGCAGGAAGGAAUUUCCUGCCUGCGAUUCUCCAUUUAUUUAUACUCCCGCCUGCGGCUCCCACGCACGCCCGGCCAGCUCCGGGCCUGGGCACCGCACAGGGGAUGGGGACGGGGCCCACGGGUGCAUCCAGGGGUGGCGAGGGGGUGCAGCCGUGGGGGCAUCCUUGCAUCUUAGUCUCCGGGGAGGGAGAUGAGCGUGUGGGACUAGGAUGACUGGGCAGAUAAAGUCCAGUUUUGGAGCAAAAGCAGAGCAGAUCGAACCAGCGCAACGUCUGCUCGAGGGUAUCAGCGGACACGAGACGCUUUUCUCCCAUCCUAGUGGAGCUGGUGCCGUCCGAUCCAGUUUCACAUCCAAGCCAGAACACCUUGAACUGGCGGAGCGGACAGUCCCUUGCUGUAUGAUGCCCCCAUUUAGGACACAGAGCACGGUCCAGAGGGGAAAAUACGGCCGGAGACGUCCAGGGUGUCAAGUCACGAGUCCUGGCGGUGUCCCCAUCUCUUCUUUGGGGGGGUUCCUCUUCAAGCAGUGGAAGGAGAAGUUCCUCUUCCUGGCCCUGGACGGCAGCCUGAUCAUCAGCCGUGACGCCCAGUCUCCGGCCGAGCUGGGCAUCUCUCUGGGCACCAGCUGCCGUGCCAUCCUGGAGGGCCGCGAGCUCGGGGACCUGCCUCGCCUGCCCGGGGGCGCCCGGCCUGACAGCUGCCUGGGGCUGAGCCUCAGUGACGGCCGGGUCUUGCUCCUCCUGGCCCCAGACAGCCAAGUUUGCAGGCAGUGGCUUAAUGUCCUCCGCAAAGUCAAGGAAGUGAGUGCAAAGGGAUUCAGGGGGCCUCAGGGGGGACCAGCCCAUGGCCCCAUCGGUGAUGGAGCUCUUCUCUCUGUCUCUGCCCAGAGCUUCUCCCAAGGGUCCCCCACGAGCUGCCGGCUCCACAUCCGCUCGCCCGCCAGGACGUGCUGCUGGACCGAAGCGGGAGGGGGUAAUGAGUCCCCUGGUGCAGAGAGGAGAGAAGCCCCCACCAGGACGAGCCAGCGCCUGGAGAAGCGCUCCGCGCACUGCCUCCGCCAUGGCUCCCCGGCUCUGCCGGGGGUCCGGGCUGCCUGCUUGCUGAUGGGGAGUGCAGCGGCCGGCCCCACCAUGGGCUACAUGGUCACCUCGGCACCCACCGCCCGCCCCACUGAGGCCCUGCCCCCUGACUUCAAGGAGCUGGGCUACCACCCGAGCGCCUGCGACCCCGAAGCCGCCCCCUACGACGCGCUGGACUACGAGGGCCUGGACCAGGACUUUGAUGCGCCCGAUUUUGGGGGCUUCGCCUUCUAGAGACCCCACCCCCUUCUGCACCCCCUUCCCCAGACCUAAAGGGCUACACCCCGGGCUGGCUGCACCCCAGCUGCCCGCCUCCCCUUCCCCGCCCAUCAGUGGGCGAUGACCGGGCCAUCGGAGCCAUGGGGGACUUCUCUAAAGUCCCUGAAACAGGUGAGAAAUCCCCUUCCCUUCCCCUCGGUGCUCAGAGGUGCUUCCCAUCUCCUCCCUGCUCCCUCCAACCCUCCCCGCCACCGCUGCUUUCCCCACUGUCCCUGGAGGGGGCUGGGCUCACCUGGGACAGGGACGGUGGUACGGGCAGAGAUGGGCAGGGGGGCAUCCCCCACCCUCCCCAGCCCCUGUGGGAGCAGGCUCGGGAAGGGGGAGCCCCUCCACCCAUCACCUCUGCUGCUGUCCCUGGUCCCAGCCCCCCCCAUGCCACCCAGCUGGAGCAGGUGGGAGGGGCUUUGAAGCAUCCCCCCCACCCCGACAGUGAAGGAAGCAAUAGAGGUAGGUGUUUCUGAGCACGGAGGAGAGGGAGGGGGGCUUCUUACCUGCUUUGGGGACCCUUAAGGAACACCCCCCCCCAGACUCCUGGGGUGCAAGCCAAUCUGAAAAGUGUGUGUGUGUGUGUGUGUGGGGGGGGGGAGUUCAGGCACUGCCCCCCCCCACUGGAUCCACUCCUGGCUAAACCAAUGCCAAGGGGACAGUGUCCCUCCCGCACCCCCAGCUUUGCCGCCUCCACACUCCUUCAUACAGGGAGAAAUCAGGCCUCCUAGGCACAUUACCGUAUCUUCCUGCCUACAGCCCGCCCUGCCCUGCCCCCCCCAAUAUAAUCUGUGCUGUCUUGUCGAAAGGCAGAAGGAAGGGAAUGAACAAUCUUUCCAGAAAUGGCUCGUACUGUAUUUCCCGCAUAUAAGGUGCCCUACAAUUGCCAGCAGCUUAUUUUAGUGGGGGGUGGGGAGGAGUAUGUUGUAUGCGAGAUAAUACAGUACCAGGGAUGGUUUUGGUCUCUUUCUACCCCAAAUUAGGUGUCUUUGCCGUUGCUUUUUAAAUCCCAGUUGCUUUCCUUAGUGCUCCGCUUUCCUGUCCUGCUGCCACAACCGGGGUUAGGAUCUGGCCCUUACUAUUUGUCCCCCCACACCAUGUAGGGGUAAGGGAGGCAGGGUGGGGUCCUUGGCAUCGUCAGUCCCGUGUGGGGGUUUUUUGCAUUAAAUCAUA